AUGUGCUGCACUUGCACUGACAAAUGCGUAAUCUAUCAGAAGUGGCUGAAGACCUGCGAGGGUGAGAAGCAUGCGAUGAUGGAGGAAAUCCAGGAACUCCAAGACGAAAUCCCAACACCCCAGCCAAGCCGCACCGAGGGCGAGCGGUCCUGGAAGACCUGCCGAAGCGCCGCGGAGGAGCUGGAAGAGCAGGAGGAUUUCGAAGCUCCAACCAACCAGGUCCCGGACGACAUGAUGGAGAGGUUGUCCUCCAUCGAUUUGAGUCUGGAGGAUGAGGAUGAGGAAGAAGGAGAGGAGGCACUCGAGUUCGAUCCGAGCGAGUGGGACGAUAUGGAGCUUGAUGCAGAGUAUGAGGACAUGGAGGUUGGGCGGUCGCAGCUGGAGGAGCUGGAGGAAGAGGAGCCAGCAGACGAAGCAGCGUUGAUGAAGGCGGUGGAGGUCAGUGAUGACGAGGUCAGUGAGUUCCUGGCCGAGUUCAACGCUCAGCCCAUCGUUGCGAAGGAGCCUGGAACGGUCCCGAUCGACCCAUUCGAGAAGGACGCCACCAAGGAGUUGGACACCUUCAAGGAGAUGAAAGGUGGCAGGCGCGAUCUUAUGUAUGCGCGUGGCAUGCCCAGCAACCAGAUGGUCAUCACACUGAAAGAUCGGCUGAACAUGCUCUCGGAGCAUGCCGACAAUGGCGAGUGGAGACAGGCGCGGUACAUCAUGAAGGGCAUCUGGAGAAGACGUCAUCUGCGGCUGCCUCUGGGUCGGAGGAUGUGGAACCAGAUGAUCAAGGCUCACGUGAAUGCAAACCGUCCCAUGGCCGCCGAGAGCUGGGUCAAGGACAUGUUGAAUCGUGUCUUCCAGCCCGACAUCUACAGCUACAACACCUUGCUGAAGUGCUACGGCCGGCGCGGAGAUUUUCUCAAGGCAGAGAAGUGGAUCCGGCGCAUGCGGGCUCGAGGUGUCGCUCCAGACAUGUACAGCUACAGCUCUUUGGUGCAGGCGUAUGUUGUUGCGGAUGACAUUGAGGGUGCUGAGCGGGUGUUCAGCAAGAUGGAAGUGACAGACGCAAGCAACACCUUCGCGCACAACACGCUGCUGAAAGCCUAUGCUCAGAAGGAGCAGGCGGAAAAGGCAGAGAAGCUCUUCAAAACGAUGGCGAAGCCAGAUGCCACCACAUAUCUGCAGAUGAUCCGGGUGGCAGCAUCCGUGUCUGAUCCAGAAGGUGCAGCCGAUUGGCUCCGGCGCAUGUCCGAGGCGGGCCUGCAGCCAUGGGUGCCCCAUUUCCACGCCGUCAUGACCGCACAUGGAAAGAUGGGCGACAUGGAGGGCGCGGAAGCAUGGUUCAGAGUGAUGCUCGACGAGGGCAUGCGACCAGAGCUUGUCAGUUGCAACAUUCUGAUGUCUGCUGCUGCGAACAGCGGCGACACGGCGGGUGCAGAGGGCGUGCUACUCCGAAUGGAAGACCUCCAGCUCAGACCUGACGUGGUAACCUACAGCACUCUUCUCAGCGCCUUUGCGAAGGCGGGAAAUGCCAUUGGUGCGCGAGACUGGCUGCUGCAAGCAGAGGAGGCGGGCAUUGAGCCAGACCUCAACUGCUACAAGCAGAUCAUCAAGGCUUGCGUCCAGUCUGGCGAUGCCGCGAUGGCCGAGCGAAUGGCCCGGCGUUUGCUGCGAAAUCGGCUGACCCCAGAUGUUUACACCUACAACAUGCUUCUGAACGCCCUCGCCAAAGCGGGCAACUGGGCCUCUGCCGAGUUCUGGGUGGACCAUAUGCAGCGGGCUGCGAGGUGGAAGCACAACGAGUUCCCUUUGGACCAGAUUAGCGUUGCCUACGCGGAGGUGUUCCUCGCGCACGUGGAGGCCGGCGACUUAGAAGGUGCGGAGGCCUGGAUGAUGCAGAUGGUUGGCGAAGGCAUCGAGCCCCAGGCUCGAUGUUACACCGCGCUUGUGCAGAGAUAUCUCGAUCAAGGAGAUCUGGACACUGCCCCAGCCUUGGGAGUUAGUGUUUGA